AUGAAAAAGAAUAAACAAGAUCACAGAGCAGCACUUUCUUCACUUUCUUUAUCUCCCUUGACUACAAUUAUGGACAUAUCUCAGCAAAACCACACUGAAGAAACAGUCAGUAAGAAGGUAGAGCCAGUCUUCAAAAACAUUCUGAAUGAUUUAUCACGGGAGUUUAUGACAUCUCAGACAAAAACAUUUAUUAAAACUACUGAAGAUUACUUGCAGCCUCAGUUUGGCCCCAACAGAUGUUUGCAUUCAGCGGCUGUAUCUGAAGGGUCAGGACUUCAAGAUUGUUCUACACAUCAAACAGUAUCAGAUCAUAGCUCUGAUGAAAUAUCAGACCUAUAUAGCUACAAAUCAAACAGUAAAAACAAUUCUUGUUUUAUAUCUUCAUCCAAGAGAAACAGACCUGUCAGUGCUCCAGAGGGUCAACAGAGAGUUACAGGUUUCUCUUCUUUAAAGUUUAAUUCAGCACAGAAUCGGCAUAGAUUGUUUCAAAGACUCAAACAUCAAUCAAGAGUGAUUAGAGUAACGGCUUACAAAAAUGGAUCUAGAUCAGUCUUUGCCAAAAUUACUGUACCAACUCUUACCCUGUUGCUUGAGGAGUGCACGGAAAAGCUGAAGCUGAACAUGGCUGCACGAAGAGUAUUCUUGGCAGAUGGCACUGAAGCCUUCGAACCUGAAGAAAUACCCCAAGAAGCCGACAUUUAUGUUUCAACAGGAGAGCCUUUUUUAGAUCCAUUCAAAAAAAUGAAAGACCAUCUGUUAGUAAUGAAGAAAGUAACUUGGACAAUGAAUGGACUGAUGCUUCCUACUAAUGUCAAAAGACAGAAAACCAAGCCUAUGCUUUCUGUAAGAAUGAAGAAACUUACUGAGAAACCCUCUAUCCGAAUUUUGUUCUUCAAAAAUGGCAUGGGGCAGGAUGGGCAUGAGAUCGCAGUGGGAAAGGAAACUAUGAAAAAGAUUUUAGAUAUUUGCACAGUGAAAAUGAAUCUCAAUACACCAGCAAGAUACCUUUAUGAUAUAUAUGGUAGAAAAAUUAAAGAUAUUUCAGAAGUUACUCUGCUUGAAAAAUGUCUGCAGAAUUCCAUCACACCUUUGCGGGGACCAGUUUGGGUCUCUAAUGGAGAAGGUUUCAGCCCCUCAGGAGCUAAGAUGUACAUCCAAGAAGUACUUUUGGCCUUGUACCAACGAUUAAAGUCUGCAAAAAUAUAUUAUAAACAGUUGAACCUGGCUGCAGGUGAAGAAAAAGAGAAAAUUACUGAAAAAUGUAUUCUCUCAAUGACAGCAAAGGAACACCAAAAGGCACAAGAUGAAGUGACCAGGUUGAUUGAUGAAUUGCAGACAGCUAUCAAAAGUCACAGAGGUCAUCUUUCUAAACUUGGCCCCCAAUUACAGGCUGAGCAGGAGCAAUUCUCCUCUUAUGUCUAUAAACACAUUAAAAGCCUUCCAGCAAACACUCUUGUCCCUGGAGGCCUGCAGCUCAAGGUAUUUGAAGAUGGUAAAGACUCUGGUGAGAUAACUAUUUAUAUCAGCAAAAAAGAUUUGGGGACCAAUUGCUUAACUCACCCUGGUGAUAUGAUGGAGAGAUUACUUCUGAAGAUUCAUCAAAAGCUGCAAGUUUCUUCUCUCAAACCACCAGGCCUCAAUUUCCCUUCAGCCCGACUUUUCGAUGAGCAUGGCCAAGAAAUUAAGAAUCCGCUUUUGCUUAAGAAUGAGCAAAAAAUUUGGGUCUCUUAUGGUAAAUUGUACAGGUCUCCACUAACUCCUGUUUUGAGUUUGACCUUUGACCAAGUGACUGCAUUUGACAAUGGGGCCAUUAUAGUUGCAUGUAAGACCUUCUUGGAUCUUACUUCUAUUCUACAACCUGGAUGUGAAAAUUGGAAAGUUUGUGAAGGCUUUCCAGCAAAUUUCAACUAUAGCAGUCAGCAGAUACCUGAUCAUUUUGAAAAGCUGGACUUAGAGAACCAUUUCCUACAGAACAAGGAAGACCCAAGUAUUGUUCUUCAUGCCUCUGUUUCCAUUGGAAAGCAAAGAAUCAUAAGUAGUGAAAUGAACAACUCAAGUCAAACAACAUCGUUGACCCUGUGGUCUGCAGCUAGUAUUUGGCUGAUCACCAAGACUGGAAUGAUCCUGAGCCGAGCGAUAACUCAGGGCUGCCUAGCUAUUGGUCAACCAAUCAGAGUCAAGACCACUGAGGGAACAUUACUAGAAGGAUAUAAAUUAAUGCUGCAAAAAAGACAUCAAGGAGAUGAUUUCCAGAAGUGGGUUUUUGGAACUGAUGGCCGAAUUUAUUCUAAGGCUUACCCACAGUUUGUGCUGACCUACCUCGAGGAGUUAAAUGCACAGGUGGAUGUGACUCAGACAGAAUAUCACAUUCACCAUGGUUCUUGGUCCACAGAUUAUCAGGAGCAUGGUAGCAGCUUCGCAAAAGAGGUUCAACCAGAACAUGCCAGUACUCCUUGUUUGAAACAAUUGCCAGAACCUUCAGGCACCCCUUUGAUGCCCACAGAGGCAGGCUCUCCUGGGGAGACAAGGCAGCUUGCAGUGGUACUGUUGAGGAAACUGGGAAAGAAACAUCCUAAGGCUUCUGCUCAGAGGUGGGCGAUAAAAUGUGAAGGAACCAAUAAGCCAGACCAAUGGAAACAUUCUAAAGUUGAAAAUCCUAUGUGGAACAAACUCACCUUUAUGUGGCCAGUCCUUAAAAAUGGGCAACUUAAUGAGGAGUUUGAUUGGCCAAUAGAAGGAUUGCUAAUUCCAAACAGUCCUCCCACAAAGAAACCUACCUAUAAGGCACCAAGGCAUACUGUGCCUAUAAGAUUCAGAAUUUUGCCAAAUGGAGAGAAGAACAAAAACAAAGCUCUUCCUAUAAUUGGUCCAGAUAUCUCACUGGAUUGGAAAACAAAGUGCACUGGAAUUUUAAACUUGCCUUCUGCAGCUCGGAGACUGUUCAGUGAAAAGGGGAAGGAAAUCUUUGCUCUCAAAAAUCUGCAAAGAGAUGAACUGGUGUAUGUUUCGUGUGGAGAACAGUGGGUCAAUCCAGACCUGUCCACUGCACAGCAAAAGAAACAAAUCUUCCUGAGGAACCUUGCUUCAGACAUUUCUAAAAUCCAGGCCUUCUGUUGUAUGCGUAACAUAGAGGCUCUUGUUUUAGAAGUCCAAAGUGACAUUGUGCCCGGUGCCAAGCUUACUGUGCAUAAACCCGUAGCAAUUUUCAGAGAAGAGAAGCAAAUUAUAGAACCAAAGGAAAAGCCAAUGCAAAAGAAUGUUUUAACAACGGAAAAUGCUCCUAGUGAAAUUCUUGAUUCUCAUGCAAGAGCCCAUCUGCGAAUGGAGGCUUGUCAGACCCUGCUCAGGUAUGCCUGGCAAAGCACUUCCCAUGGCUUUGAUGCAGAUAGCAGUCCUCCAAAGAGAAUGGAAGAAGGAUUCUUUGAAAGUGUGGAACCAGAGAAGAAAUACUGCCAAUUGCCAAAGCAGAGUCAAUGGCAGAAGGUUUGCCACCAGCAAUUUGAGUACAGAGAUGGGCAGAUUGUAAAUCAUGCAACGCCUCAGCUAGUCGUGGGGGUACAAGGUCCCCAUUUGCGUUCAGGCAUGGAAGUGAUUUUAGUGGAGAAAAAAGCCAAUGACAAUUAUCAAUACUGGAUACACAAAGAAAGCACCAGGACCUUUCACCUGGUGAGUAACCCGGACUUUGUGCUGGCUGUGUCAAUGACCAAGGCUAGAAAGCAAGAUGGUGGGUAUCCAGUUAUUGUGCAGAAAUACAAGUCACAUGAAAAUGGGACUUCCAAUCAAAAGUGGAAUUACAUAGAAAAUAGAAAAGCUUUUGAGGCCUUUUAUAGCACUACAUUGGAUAAGGAAAUCACAGCAGCCAAUUAUGCUGGUAUUUGUACAUCCUGUGUGAUUAAAGAGGAAAACAUUGACCAACCAGGUUAUUAUUUUCUCUCAACUGCUGCUGGUAAGAAAAAAAUAAUGCUCUGUAUAGCUUGUGCACAAUUCGCAAGAGCAGAAAAAGGACUGAAGCAGUUACCUCCAGGGGUGUCAUUCUUCUGUGCCUCAGGUUUCAGCACCAAAAGACCCUUGUCAAGAGGGCCCUUCAAGGCUAUCAGUGUGGCCAAGGCCAAUUUAUCUUCUUGUGAGGCUGAGAAAACACUAAGGUAUUAUGAAGGACGUCUGUUAUCUUUACGGAUGAAGACCUGCACACGAGUUGUGACUCAGAGUGGCAUGGCAGCUCUGCACCAGAAGGCGGUGAAAAUAAUUGCUUACAGAAAUGGAGAUGGAUAUCGAAAUGGAAAGUUAAUUGUGGUUGGAACAUUCCCAAUGCUUCUUACAGAAUGUACAGAACAACUUGGCCUCGCUAGAGCAGCCUCCAGAAUAUACACCAAAGAUGGAACAUUGGUCCUUUCUUUGAGUGAUUUGGUUCUUUGGGCUCUAGAUGCAUCACUUAUUCAGAGCGAUUCUGAGCAAGGAAAGAUAGAAGCAGCCUCUUUGGGAGCAAAAAAGAAAGUGAUUACAAACAUGGAAGAAAACCUGAAAAUGAAAGUGAAGAGUACAUUAUUUCCAAAGUUUGUCACACCUGACAAUUUGGAUAGUAUUGAUAAGUCUUUGCUCACUCUCGUUCUCAGAAAUCCUAUUGCCAUCUGGGUAUCUUGUGGUGAACCAUUCAUAUCUCCAAAUGCUUUGCAGAAAGCAGAAAAAUUAGAAAAACAGAACUGGCUAAAAAGGGACAAAAUUGUGGUGGAUCUAGAGACCAUGAAACAUAAAAUGAGACAGUUAAAAGGGCGACGAGUAGCAGCAUGUCAGCCAACCACCAUGGUUCCCAACAAAAGCCCUGUGCAGCCAGUGGUGGUAGAAGGAGGCUGGACUAAGCAGACAUCAGAGGAAAUUAAACUCAUGGACCGUAUAAGGCACACAGAGGCACACCUUUCUAAAGUCCAAGGACUGCAAUCCAAGAGACAUUCUCCAGUUGCAGCUAAGCAUGUCACACUCAAGCAGAACAAUCUCUAUAAGCAACCUAACGCCAAGCGAGUUUGGGUUUAUCUAAAUGGAGGCCGACCUGAAGAUGGCACCUACGCAUGGGGCAGAACUCUUUCAGAGCUACUGGAUGACUGUUCCUCACGUCUGAAAAUGUCUCAGCCAGCCAGAAUGCUGUACACCCAAGAUGGGACUCUGAUUCAGUCAUGGGAUGACAUAGAAAGAGAAAUGGUUAUCUGUGUGUCUAAGGGGCAAGGAUUUAUAACUCAUAAAGAGUUAAAGAUAUUGAUGGAGAUCAAAGCAAAUUUUUCCAGGAUCCGAAGACUGAAGGGUCCUCAGGCCACAGACAUAGUGGUACUGCCAUCCACAAAACUGCUAUCUCUGGAAUGAAAAGUUUCUUUACCAACUUGCAAAUGGAAGAUAGUAACAGAAAAAGCAAC